AUGGAUUCGCCGACCAUUCUGAUCCUGUCGCUGCCGCCGAAAACCUUCAUCGGCCUAGACCUUCUCUCAUUUACGUCCGCGCCAAAUUUCCAUGGCGUCAGCAACGUCACACCCGGCUUGCAUUUUGUUUACUCUGGAACGGAUGCCUCGCUCUCCAUCCGGCAUGGCCGAUGGGUUAAUAUAACAUCGCAAUCGCAGACUCAAGUUUUGCAAUGGUCCGCCGCCACAGAGUCUCUGGAUCUUCUGGAUCCCACAUGCGCGCCAGCCCGCAGUGCGAUCAACACUAUAUCGUCUCAGGGACUGGUCGACUACAGCGCGCUCCAGGACGCGACAUCCGAUCUGUCAUCUCAUGAAGCCUCUAAUUCGCAGGCACACAGGUCUGCCACUGGAGAUGAUGACCGUGGGGAUGAGAGGGGCGAGAGUACCGACUGGCGCUCCAUGAUCUUUCACGUCUCGCCCUCCCUCCUGACACGCAUAUUGUCCCCAGCAUGGGCAGUGUCAAGCAUAUCGUCUGCGCCGUCUGAUACUGAGACUAUUCCUGGCUUGUCCCACCUCGAGGCAAGUGAUGCCUUUCACCAAUCGCCUUUGAAUCUUCUGCCUGUCGACCUCAAGCAGACGUGGGCGGACGAAGACAUUGGCCGGACACGCACCGACCGCGCGAGAGAUCGCAGUUGGUAUCUCGGUCAUCUCAUACAAUCUGUCACACCCCCUGGAAGCGACAGGGCUGUUGGUGCGAAACAGGUGAUCGGGGAGCUACAGUUUUGUUUUCUCAUGGUCCUCACGCUGGCCAAUUAUAGCUGCUUGGAGCAGUGGAAACGACUGUUGAGUGUGAUCUUCUCGUGCCAAUCGUCUCUACGCGAGGCCGAGGCUUUCUUCGUUGAAGUACUGAAAGUAUUUCGUCGACAGGUAGCGCACAUUGACGAUGUAGAGGGCGGGUUGUUUGAGAUGAGGGAUGAAGGAGGAAGUGCAUGGCUCAGAAAGACAUGGGGACGAUUCCGAGCUACUGUAGACGAAGUUCUCACCACGAACGAGCAGGAUAAGGGCCAACCGGAUUCAUCCAGGGAAGAAGCUGCUUUAAAGAAAGAGGUUGAACAAGUGCAAACGCUGUUUGAGCAGAAAUAUGGAUGGGCAAGUGAGAAGGAUAUUCUACGGAGGGGAAUGCUAGAGCUGGAGGAUGGGGAGAGAAUCGAGGUCAGUAUGUUGGGUGCAGAUGAGGACGAAGAGACGGGAGAGUAUGCGCCUGUGGUUGUCGAUACUUGA